AUGGGGAGAGCCUCGUUUAUGUCGUCGCCCUACUCGGCAGGGCCGUUUUAUUUUGCCAGAGGUCUUUGGGCGAUUUCGACCGUGAUCGUGACGGCGAUAAUGAUCUACUUUGCUAUUCAUCUGCACGCUGAUGGCUUCAAACUGCCAUUUGCAUUUGUUAUCCUGCUCAUUGCCUGCUUCCUCACUCUCUUCAGCCUCAUCCUCACGGGCAUCUUACACUGCAGCAACCGCCUCAGCCCCGUGCUCUCCAUGGUCCUCAACAUCAUCUUAUUCAUCCUCUGGAUCGCCUCGAUCGGUUUACUUGGAUAUAGCAUGAAGGGAACCAUCAGCGUCACCUGCGACACCAGCAACUGGGGCACAUCGACCGGAGUCAUGGUGUGUCGACUGUACAAGACGCUCUUCUCCUUUGUCGUCAUCUCACUCGCCAUGACCUUUUUGCACAUCAUUCUCGAUGUUGUCGCGCGCCGCGACCGCUACAAUCUCAGCAGAGUCGGCUCUAUGCGCUACCGUGACGAGGAUAUCAAGCUGAACGACCGCACUGAGAGCAGCGUCCCCGCGCUGUCUGGCGGCGCUCUGACAGAGGAUCCAUCCGGCCAUCAUCGCGGCGCAGAUGCGUAUAAUGCUUUUGGCACUGUAAGACCCGAGGAACCGCAGUACACGCAUCGCCAUCCUGUCCCCGAGGACGACUAUCCCAGUCACAACAUGACAACCAACCCAUAUCACGAUGAUGGUUUCGAAAACGAACCGCAGCCAGCCCAUCAUCACCACGCCGCCGCAGUCAGCAGCAGCAGCAGCAACAACAAUAACCAUGAAUAUUACGACGGCGUGCCAGACAUUCCUGCUGUUCCCGGUUCUCGAUGGGCCGCUGUUUCCAAUAACAACUCGACGCCGUAUUCGCCGUUGAAUUCGCGAUUCGAUGAGCAAACGGGGUAUGAAUCGUAUCGACCUCAACCGACCCAACAAUAUCAGCACACGCCUUAUGACCGAUAUGACUAUACUCGUUGA